GGCUGUUUUGGCGGCAAAACGGACCUACACAAUAUUAGGCAGGUGGUCAUAAUGUUAUAGCUGAUCUGUGUAUAUCUCUGUCAAUUUCUGAGCCUCAAUUAAUUUGUCUCCCAAUUAAUGUCUAUCUCUGUCAAUGUAUAUCUGUCUCUUUCUCAAUAAAUGUCUGAGAGGAAAUGGUGUAAGGAGGAGUGCGGGAAAUGAGCGACUGCACAAGGCUGCUUGUGGGAAAAGCUAACAUGUCAUAUGAAGUUGCCCUAACUACUGUAACACUGUAAAAAUAUAGUAACAUCAUUGCUGUGAGCUACAGUUGGACCUGACGUCACUGGGGUUUAAUAGCUCUCCACCGCUUGAAGACACCAGUCUUGACGGUUCUGGCUAUUGCGCACUAGUUCAUAUCCCCCUCGCCGGUCAAUGCUUCUAUUCGCACCGGCCCUCGGUGUUUCACUCAUGCGAGGAAAACGGAACAAAGACGAGGGCUUUACCUGAGUGGUUCCGAAGACAGGGUCAAUUGUGAUUUGCUGCUAAUACGGUUCUCAGAAAGUCGUGUGAAACGGAGAAAACAGAAGACACGUGCGCAGACAUGAACGAUACUUUACUGGGUAACGACACAUCGGCGUCAGCCGCGGUGGCUGCAGAGUCGCUCGCUUGGAUGGAGGCCGACUUUCCAGAGCGCAACGGUAGCCUGGAGCUGUCCACCUCGCCGCUGGACUUCCAGAUCAACCCGUGGGACAUUAUGCUUUGUAUGUCAGGCACCGUUAUAGCGUGUGAAAACGCCAUCGUUGUGGCUAUCAUCUGUUACACACCUACCCUGCGAACACCCAUGUUCGUGCUUAUUGGGAGCCUGGCCACCGCGGAUUUACUGGCAGGCAUGGGAUUAAUUCUCAACUUCGUGUUCCAGUACGUUAUCUCCUCAGAGACUAUCAACCUAAUUACCGUUGGUUUCCUAGUGGCCUCCUUCACAGCGUCCAUCAGUAGCCUGUUAGCUAUUACAGUGGACCGCUACUUCUCUCUUUAUAACGCACUGACUUACUUCUCGGAAAAGACUCUCCACUACGUUCACCUGAUGCUGGUGGGAACGUGGGGUGUGUCUCUGUUCCUGGGUCUGCUACCCGUUCUGGGUUGGAACUGUCUAGAUGACCCAAGCUCGUGCAGCAUUGUGCGGCCACUCACUCGCAGCAAUGUGAUGCUGCUGGCGGUCUCUUUCUUCGUCAUCUUCAUACUCAUGCUGACCCUUUACUUUAAGAUCUGCAAGAUUGUGUGCCACCACGCGCACCAGAUCGCUCUCCAACAGCACUUCUUCACCACGUCGCACUACAUGGCCACCAAGAAGGGCGUGUCCACGCUCGCCAUCAUCCUCGGCACCUUCGGUGCUAGCUGGCUGCCCUUUGCCAUAUACUGCCUGGUGGGAGAGCGCGAAUACCCGUCGGUGUACACGUACGCGACGCUGCUUCCUGCUACCUACAACUCCAUGAUCAACCCUAUCAUCUACGCCUACCGUAAUGCCGAGAUCCAGCGCUCGCUUUACGUCCUUUUCUGCGGCUGCUUUCAGACCAACGUAGCCUACCGUUCUAGGUCACCCAGUGAAGUUUAGAGUGGUGCUGAAUGAGAAAUGUAAGACUGUGUGCGUGUGCAUGUGUGUUUACCACCGACAAUUUGCUUUCAGUUGACCGUAAAUCCUUUGAACCAGAGGACUCGGUGCUCACAUGUAUUUUAACAAAAGCAUCAGCACUUUAUUGCGACUGAAGGCAAGGAUACAGUCCGCCUGAAAUGCUGUGAACAAGAACUAUUGUGACAAAAGUACUGCAUUAUGUAUUUAAACGAGAAAAGAAUGAAAAAAAACAAGCACUUUAUUGGAUGUAUUUGAAAGGCCAAAGCAGUAUUGCAUAGGCCUAUAUAUGUUGGAGUUAUCGGCUACUUUGUAUGUGUCCGUACUGUGGGUCAUUUUCUAUUUUGUAAAGUUGUCUAUGUGAUUGUACAUUUUAUACGAGAUGAGUAUGAAUAAAAUGAAAAAAAGCGAGAACUUAACCAGUG